AUGUCCCCUCCUGAAAAAUCACCCGUCUACGUCCUCGGCGUCGGCAUGACCCAGUUCAUCAAGCCGCGGGGUCUCCGCGACUACCCCGAGCUCGGCUACGAGGCCGGCAUCAAGGCCAUGCUCGACGCGCAGAUCAACUACGACGACGUGCAGACGGGCAUCGCCUGCUUCAACUACGGCGACUCGACCUGCGGCCAGCGCGUCUUUUACCAGUUCGGCAUGACGGGGAUCCCCAUCAUCAACACGGGCAACGCCUGCGCCACGGGCUCCGCGGGGCUGUACCUGGCGCGCACCAUGAUCCAGGCCGGCGCGCUGGACUGCGUGCUGGUGAUAGGCUUUGAGAAGAUGGAGCCGGGGGCGAUUAAGGAUAAGUGGCCGGACCGGGCGCGGGCGACGCAGCUGAGUAGAAAGAUGAUGGAGGACACGUACGGCAAGGCGCCGGGGCCGCCGAACGCGCAGUACUUUGGCAACGCGGGCCGGGAGUACAUGGAGAGAUACGGCGCCAAACCCGAAGACUUUGCCGAAAUCGCCCGCAUCGGCCACGAGCACUCCCAGCGCAACCCGUACGCGCAGUUCCGCCAGGCCUACUCUCUUCAGGAGAUCCUCGACUCGCCCAUGAUCUACCCGCCCCUCACCAAGCUCCAAUGCAGCCCGACCAGCGACGGCGCCGCCGCCGCCGUCCUCGUCUCCCAGCGGUUCCUCGACACCCGCGCCCCGCACCUGCGCCCCCAAGCCGUGCUCAUGGCCGGCCAGGCGCUCACCACCGACUCGCCCGCGCUCUUCUCCGGCUCCGCCAUCCAGCUCGUCGGAGACGCCAUGACGCGCCGCGCCGUCGCCGCCGCCCUGCGCGAAGCGCAGACCUCCAUCGAGGAGGUGCGCGUGUGCGAGCUGCACGACUGCUUCUCCGCCAACGCGCUCGUCCUGCUCGACGGCCUGGGCUUCAGCGCGCCGGGACGCGCGCACGAGCUGAUCCGCCGCGGGGGCGUCACGUACGGGCCGGCGAGCCGCGUGGUGGUCAACCCGUCGGGGGGGCUGGUGUCCAAGGGCCACCCGCUGGGGGCGACGGGGCUGGCGCAGUGCGCGGAGCUGGUCUGGCAGCUGCGCGGGUGGGCGGGCGAGCGGCUCCUCGACGGGGGCGUGCGGGUGGCGCUGCAGCACAACCUGGGGCUCGGGGGUGCGGCGGUGGUGACGGUGUAUAAGCGCGCGGACGGAGGGGAGGGGAGGAGGGUGAGGGACGACGAGGUGGCGCGGGGGAGCUGGCUCGGGUACAACGCGGCGGUGGAGGCGCGCGGCUUCACGGAGGAGGAGGCGGCGAGGGUGAGGAGUCGCAAGGCGAGGAGCGAGUUUGCGCUGUCGGACACGCAGAAGAAGAUUGAGGCGCGCCUGUAG